AUCCGCCCACAGUCACAUCGAAAUACGAGUUGAGGCAGAGGAAGCGGCAGACAGGAGCAGUGUGUGCUGUAAACUUAAACAUACAUAUUACCGUUGAUAUUCAUUCAAUAUACCCGGAGAGGAAUUGAGUGGAACCCACCGGACAUUUAUUUUACCGACGAGAUUGAGCUUAACAGCAGGCUGUUACACAACCGUCCACCACAACCCCACCAUCUUUGCUGUAAACCUCUCCCCUCUGCAGAUGGUGACAGUUCGUGUGGACAGUUAAGGAUUUUUGCUUUAUCUCACCAUAGCAAUACACCUGAUGGCUGAGUCAGAGUCUCCAUAGAGACCCAGAGAGUGGUUUACAGUGACGAGACAGGAAGAUGGAUGAGCUGCAGGAUGUACAGCUGACUGAGAUCAAGCCACUGCUGACCAAUAAGAAUGCACGCAACUUUCAAGAUUUUGACUGCCAGGAGCAUGACAUUGAGACUCCCCAUGGCGUUCUCCAUGUGACAAUGAGAGGCGUUCCCAAGGGCAACAGACCCAUCAUCCUCACCUAUCACGACAUCGGCCUCAACCACAAGUCGUGCUUCAACACCCUGUUCAACUAUGAGGACAUGCAGGAGAUUACGCAGCACUUUGCAGUGGUUCAUGUGGACGCGCCCGGACAGCAGGAGGGUGCACCUCCCUUCCCCAGCGGUUAUCGCUACCCGACCAUGGACGAGUUGGCGGAAAUGCUGCCUUCUGUGAUGACUCAGCUCAAGGUCAACAGCGUGAUUGGCAUCGGCGUGGGAGCGGGAGCGUACAUCCUCACCCGCUUUGCACUGAACAACCCCACCCUGGUGGAGGGACUGGUUCUGAUCAAUGUCGACCCGUGUGCUGAAGGCUGGAUUGACUGGGCAGCUUCCAAGCUGUCUGGAUGGACCAGUAAUAUGGUGGAUGUCGUCAUGGCUCACCACUUCAGCGCUGAUGAGCUGACAGAGAACCAGGAGCUGAUCCAGACCUACCGUCUCCACAUCGCCCAGGACAUCAACCAGGACAACUUGGCCCUCUUCUGUGGCUCUUACCAAUACCGUCGGGACCUGGAGAUCGAGAGGCCAAUUGUAGGUCUGAAUGAGGACACGGUCAACACACUAACGUGCCCUGCGCUGCUGGUGGUUGGUGACACAUCACCUGCUGUGGAGGCUGUGGUGGAGUGCAAUUCCAGGUUAAAUCCAACCAAGACCACGCUGCUAAAGAUGGCUGAUUGUGGAGGCUUGCCCCAAGUUGUGCAGCCAGGGAAACUUGCUGAGGCCUUCAAGUACUUUGUUCAGGGAAUGGGCUACAUUCCCUACGUUCUUCUCAGUCACCUGAGCAACGAAUCAGUGCCGUCAGCAGGAAUGACUCGUCUGGCUCGCUCACGCACCACCUCCUCUUCCAGCAUCACCUCCAUGGACAGCAGUCGCAGCCGCAACAACCUCAACAGCCUGCUGGAGGGCAACGCCUCCGGGGCUCUGGACAGCCACGCCGGACCCCAGACCAUGGAGGUCUCCUGCUAAACCCCACCCCCUGCACACUCCCAUAGUAACUUAUGUGCCCUCUCCCCCUCUCUUUCUCUUUGUCCCUCUAUCUAUCUAUCUAUCUAUCUAUCUAUCUAUCUAUCUAUCUAUCUCUCUCUCUCUCUCUCAUCCCACUCCUAAGCAACUCAACGCCAGGAGGAUCUGUAAUGAACUAUGUGAUUAGAAAAGAGGAUGUAAUAAAUAUAUUAACAGAUGCAUAAUAUUAAAUAUUGAAUAUUGAAUACACAGUCAGUCACAUUCCUACCAGAAACCAUAACUACAUUCAGAUGUGUUGUAUAUUCAAAUGGUCAAACCAUAAGAUUGACUCAACUGUCCAACCUCACCCCCUUGUAUUUAUUUUUUUUUCACAUUGUUUGUUUUUAAAUGCCUUCACACACACACUGUAGAAAUCUUCCAUGUGUUCAAAAUAACUUGUAGAUUUUCAUUGCACAGUACAACACUUUUACUAUUCCUCUUCUGUUGUGAACUUUAAACUUGUGGGCUGCAAUGAUUGUGAGUCGCUGUAUCUUUGUGUUUUAAUCUCAAACUUGCUGCAAUGUGAUGCCGAAUUAGUCACAAAGUAUAGAGAGGGAUCACUAAGCCUACUGUAGCUGCAGAAAUAAAGGUAAUGUGAUGUGGAUGAUACAUGGAAGAACCAUUGCAGACUGUAGCACAAAGUAAAACUACAUUAAAGCUGUUGAGAGAGCUGCUUUUGAACAUUAUGAAAAAACAUUCAGUGUUAAGGAAAAGUCAUGUACCAGUGUGUCAACUCUGUCACUUAACAUACAUUAAUUUAAUUUUUCUUUUUGUAACUGAACUCCUCUCCCUUUCUUUCUGCUUUGUGUUGAUGUUUUUGUUCAAUUGAAUAGAUUACUUAAUGUUUUAACAACCUUUAACAAGUGGGUUCUGAUGUGAAAAGUGUGAGUCCCUUCACUGAGGGGCCCAGUGGUGCUUCUCACUGUCUGCUGAUUUAACUCAUUUAUAUUACUACUGAAUAAAGCUACAACAUGACAACA